AUGGACGGGACUCCUCCACCAGAGGAGGAUUUCACAACAAUUCCGGUGCUUGAACGGCUGGCGCACAAGAACUGGAAAGCCAGAGUCAGCGCAUACGAGUCACUGGUCAAGACCUUCCAAGCUACAGCAUCCGAUUCUGACCCCGCGUUCAAGCCAUAUAUCAGCAAUCCUGAACUGUUGAAGAAGGCUGUCACGGAUGCGAACGCAGUGGCGCAGGAGAAAGGCGUCGAGUGUGUCAUAGCUUUUGUGAAAUUCGCAGGCGAGAAUGCUGCCCGGACACGAGAGGUGGUGGUGCCGGCACUGGUGGACAAGUGUUUUGGGUCGACGCGCGCGGGCACGAAAUUACAUGCGACAGAACUCGUGCUCCAGUAUGUGGAGGUUGACAACGGAGGAGCUGGGAUUGUCGAUGACAUCCUACCCGGCUUGGCAGCGAAACAGCCGAAGGUAGUAGCAGGAUGUGUGGCUGCGCUAAAGGAAGUCAUACGGCUGUUCGGCACUUCUGUGACACCACCAGGGCCCAUCCUAAAGGCGUUGCCGAAGAUAUUCGCCCAUACUGACAAGACAGUACGUGCGGAAGGUACAGCACUUGCCCACACAUUAUAUCAGUACAUUGGACCCGGUAUUGAGUCGUUUCUCAACGACUUGAAGCCGGUGCAAGUGAAGGAGUUGAAGGAGGCUUUUGAGACGAUGGAGAAGGAAGGCAAAGGUAAGGGGACUUUGAGGCCUGAACGACUGACGAGGGCUGCAGCAUUGGAGGCGGAAAUGAGGGCGGCGGCGGGAGAUAAAGCGCCUCCAGAUCCGCGUAUGUUCGCAGAGGAGGUAGAUAUUGUGCCCAAACUGCCGUCCAACUUACAGGCAUCCCUCGGCUCGUCCAAGUGGAAGGAGCGUAAAGAGGUGCUCGAUGAAUUGCUGUCUUUGGUCAGCGCAACGCCUCGAAUCAAGGAGGCGGCAGAGCUUGGCGACCUCGCGAAGUCUUUGGCAACAUGCGUACACAAAGACGCAAAUGUCAACUGUGUCAUGGCAGCAGCCGGUUGUAUCGAGGGUCUUGCUAAAGGGUUGAUGAAUGCUUUCGGGCGAUAUAGGGAGAGCGUUGUUCCUCCUAUGUUGGAGCGGUUGAAGGAGAGGAAGGCAACCGUAACCGAUGCAAUCGGGUCCGCUCUGGACGCGGUUUUCACGACUACAACCUUGUCUGACAUCAUCCCGGACAUAUUGCCAGCUUUAGGUUCGAAGAAUCCGCAGGUGAAGGAAGGCGCACUCAAGUUCCUCACCAGGUGUCUCUCGACUUCUCCCACGCCCGUGUCUCCUCCACAAGUCAAAACUGUUUCCGAUGCGUUGGCUCCUAUACUCGAGGACUCGGUUGAGGGAGCACGCAACGAAGCGGCAACCUGUCUCGGAACAUUUAUGAAGAUGGUUGGAGAGAGGCCUCUCAACGGGUUGAUGGAGACUCUGGCCGAUGUUCGGAAAGUAAAGGUUAAGGAGGCCUACGAGAAGGCGGCAGUGAAAGCAAGGGCUGGCGCUGGGGGUCCCACCAAAGCUCCUCCGCCGGCAAAGAAAGCGUCCGCUGCAAAGCCGCCGAGUCCUGUAGCUGCUCCUUCGGAAGAAGAGCUACUUGCUGAGGACAAACCAUUGAAGAAGCCACCCGCAAGGCUGCUGCUGAAGAAGCCUACCGGGGAUGACAGCGAAACCGGCACCGCAAGUCCCACCCCUCCAUCAUCCGCGCCCGUGCACGCUCCCAUCAAGAAACCAGCGCCGACAAGUACAGCCUCGAAACCAUCGAAAUCUGCAGUUCCCGCACCACCGGGUGCUCUUGAUAACUUCAAGUUCAAGCAUACCCCCGAGGAUGCCGAAGCACUCGCAGCAGAGGUCAUUCCCCCGAAUUACUUCACCGAUCUAGCGGACUCGAACUGGAAAGUGCGGCUAGCAGCUCUGGAAGAGAUGACUACCUGGGUCGAAGGUGCUGUGCCUGACCUAGACGCUGAAGUGGUCGUGCGUUUCCUAAGCAAGAAAGGUUGGGGAGAGAAGAAUUUCCAGGUAUCCACUAAGUUGUAUGGUAUCCUCAACAUCUUGGCCGAGCGUUGCCCUUCAUUUGGCAGGUCAUCGGUCGCUCUCUGCAUCCCCCAUCUUACGGAGAAGUUGGGGGAUGCAAAGCUCAAAAAGCCCGCUGGUGAAACUCUCCUUCUCUUUUCGGAGAAGACGUCGCUGCAGUUCGUCCUUGGGCAUGCAUAUGAGCCGCUCUCCAAACAGAAGGCCCCUAAAGUCCUUGCCGAUUCACUGACUUGGAUAGAACAAGCACUCACCGAGUUCGGAAUAGCGGGUCUGUCUAUGCGAAGUCUCAUUGAAUUUCUCAAGACCGCCUUGAAAAACUCUAACGCGGCGGUAAGAACGAGUGCAACGAAGACCCUAAUCACCGUAAAGCUGUUUGCGGGUUCUUCUAUCAAGGACUUACUGGAGGAUCUCAACCCGCAGUUGCUGAACACCAUACUUAACGAGUUCGAUAAGGUGGAGGGCAACCCAGCUCCGCAGCCUACACGGACAUCCGCAGAUGUUGCAGAGGUUGCGGUUGGCCAGUCGGGUAAAGGCGGCGUUAGUGGCGGAGGUGAUCCGCUUGAUGACUUGUUUCCUCGCGUGGAGCUUGAUGGUCUGCUGAAGGGCACCACGAUUGUCGCGGAUGCCAAAAGCGAUGCUUGGAAGACAAAGAAGGAGGCAUUGGAGAAUCUGCAAGCAAUCUUGGAUCAAGGUGCGAAUAAAAGGUUGAAGCCGAGCAUGGGUGAAAUCGCGCAAGUCUUGAAAGCCCGUGUGACAGACACCAAUAAGGCCGUGCAAACACUCGCGCUGGAUGUCACUGCGCGAAUCGCAACAGGGAUGGGCAAGCCUUUCGAGAGGCACACGCGUCUGUACGCUCUUCCGGUUUCAACUGUCCUGGCCGAUCAGAAGGCUCCUAUGCGAGCUGCUGCUUUACAGGCUCUCACGGCGAUUGCAACUGCGUGCGAAGGCUUAGAGUCGAUGACCAGCGGGUUCGCCACUGCAUUGGAGUCAUCGAAUCCUCUGCAGCGUGCCUCCCUUCUCAACUGGCUUGCUGAUUGGUUCAAGACACACGAGCCUGCUCCUGGAUUGGAUUUGACUAGCUGGGUUGGACCUGUGAUCGCUUGUCUUGACGAUCGUAAUGGCGACGUCAGGAAAGGUGCACAGGCUCUCAUUCCGACUCUCAUAACAUGCGCAGGAUAUGACUACGUGAUGAAUCAAACCAAUUCGUUGAAAUCGGCGUCCAAGGCCGCCGUCGUUCCCAUCAUUCAAGCCGCUCGUCCAGCGACGGCUCCAACAGCGGCCCCUACAGCGAAGCCUGCUGCAGUCAAAGCUUUUGCUCCAUCCUCGAAAGCUGUCCCCUCAAAACCAACAGAGACUCCGACACCGUCUCCUCCGCCGCAAGAGGUACCAUCUCUGGACGAAGCUACGAAGACAGCUCCUGCCAGCAAACUAGCGGGGGUCCGUCGGAGGCUUCCUCAAGGCAGUUCAUCGAGACCCGAGUCGCGCCCAGAGACGCCAGUUGAAGGAACCACUACUCGGCUUUCUGGCAAGCUAGGCGCCGCAUCCAGGCGCUUAGGAGCAACCGUCCCUACGUCUAACAGAGCGCCAGCGUCUCAGCCAGCGAGCGCACUGCAUACUUUGCCGUUCGUUAGCGACAACCUUGACGCAAAGAAGGCGCGACUAGCGAAGGACGCCCAGAGAUGGAUCAAUGAAGCUGGUCCGACACGGAAGGAUCUCGCGGAACUUUUGCAACACCAGAUGGAACCUCAUGCUUCGAAGCAGUUGUUAGCCAUCCUUUUCAGUCAUGACCACAACGCUGUAAACGAUCACGUUAACGGUCUCACGAUGCUGCAUGACUUCUAUUCCAGCGUGAAUGCAGGAGAUGACAUAUCGGGGAUGGCUCCGGAGGAUAUUCAGGCCAUUUGUCUGGCGAAUUCAGACUUAGCACUGAAGUAUGUCUCUAUCAAAGCUCACGAACCACAGUCAAGCGUUGUGCAGAAGUGCUUGGACGUUGCGGAGGUCAUUGUAGCAUUCUUCCAGAACGUUGACUAUCAAUUGGCCGAUGCAGAAGCCCUUUGUUUCAUUCCAACCGUGAUUUUCAAGCUAGGCGAUGCUCGCGAGCCCCUGCGGGUUCGUGUCUCCCAGCUCAUCCAAUCAUUGACAAAGGUCUACGCUUACAGUCGAGUCUUCCAUCUGUUACUCGAGUUUGGCCUAAAAUCGAAGGUUGCGAAGACUCGCCAGGGAACAUUGGACGAAUUGAGUGGCAUACUCAAACGUUUCGGCAUAGGCGCUUGCGAGCCAGCGAAGGCAUUCCCACUAGUGGCUUCGAUGAUCUCUGAUAAGGACCCUCAAGUUAGGAAAUCUGCGUUAGCCGUACUGAGUGAGGGUUACACUCUUGUCGGAGAAACAAUUUGGACGUACGUUGGACAGCUCUCACCGAAAGAUAAGACACAGUUGGAAGAACGUUUGCGACGUGUCCCUGGUGUCAGCACCCCAGACAAGGCAGAGGGGUCAUCGGUGUCCACUCAUGUCUCCCGGUUAGCAAAUGGUGUUGCCAGAUCCAGCUCGCCGGUGCCAGUGCCUGCAUCCCGAACAGCAGGCAUCCGAGCUGGAAGUCCCUCCGUUGCUUCGUCACGCCUCGGACGGCCCAUUUCGCCAUCGCAUACUGUCAGAUCUCCCUCACCCAUCCCGGUCAAAGUCGCACGUGCAGCUUCGCCCGCAAGACCCGUGAGAACGGGAGCCACACAACUGCCGGGUCCCUCUUCGCCUACGAGCACGAGUCGCCCCAAGAGCCUCCUUCCCUCACGGUUAGGGCCUCCUAAAUCUCGUCUCGCAGAAAACCAACAAACUCGUGCGCCGGUAACAUCAUUUAAUCAUGUUGCCCGCAGCGACGCCGUACAAUUUCCUCACCCAACGGGACGCGAUGACAUUCCGCCUCACGUUGUGGAUGAUAUGCAGGCUCGCGGCUCGGAUGAUAUCACGGUAGUAAUAUCAAGCAUUCUCAGCAAUGACCCUUCACGAAGUGUUGAUGCUUUAAAGAAGAUCCAGAAGGUGCUAGAGAUCGGGCCGGAGGCCGGACCAUCUUCUCCAGCCUAUCAAGAACUUGCUGAGCAUACGGAAGGACUGAUUGAGACAAUUACUCUGCAAAUGGCUCAUGUUUUCGAAAGACCAGACAACAUCACCAUUCCGGAGAAUUUCCGAUUAGCAAAGCAUCUCAUUCAAACCCUCAAUGCAUUUUGCGACCACGUUUUUCUGGCGGAAUCCUUGACUGUGGACAUUUUGACAUCCUUAUUGGAAGAAUUGACUCUAAGGCUGUUGCAGACAGACAAUAGCAUUGAUACCCGAGUUAAGGACCUAUCCCGCUUCAUAAAUAUGAUCAUUUUGCGUUUAUUUGCUACUGGACGAAGAAUGUCUAUCUUCCGGGCUCUUUUCGCUCUUCUACUGCAGAUUGUCAAACCAUUCCCGAAUAACGGCACCUCGCCAGACUCUCAAGAAGCCAAGGUCGCAGAGUUGGUGCUGAAGUGUGUCUGGAAGCUAGCGAGGAAUAUUCCCCAGGACCUUGAGAAGCAAGCCCUUGACCCUGUUGAACUGUUUCCUGCGAUAGAACACUUUUUACAGUCAGUGCCACCAAAUGAAUGGCGAGCGAGGGCUACGAAUAAGGUACCUUGUGGCGACAUGCCACUUCGCACAAUCAAGGUCAUCAUUCAGCAUGUGGUCGCCCACCACGGCGACGAUGUCUAUGACUUCUUAUCUGCCUCUUUCGAUGACCCUUCCGCGACGAUCGUCUACCCAUACGUUUAUCGUAUCUUGAACUCUUCUACCCGGACUGCAGCAGAGAUACCGGUACGAAGCAACGGGCUUGCACGAGAAGAACCUACGCGUCAAUCUUCACCUGCAUUGAGUCGACCACUUUCUCCGGUAACAUCAUCGUCCGCCACGUCGGAUAAUCCUCCGCGCUCGCCAUCAAGCCACGGCAGAAGCCAUAGCUUGAUUUCCACAAACGGCCACUUCGGCUCGCCGGCGACGGAGCCUGAUCCAGACGAACAACUGCAUCUCAUCAUCAAGCACAUCUCUAGCGAGACAACUGGAGCAAUGCACAAGGAGGGCAUCACUGAGCUUCAUCAGUACCUGAAAGCUCAACCUCACAAGAGAGCCAAGGUUGACAAGAUGCUGGAAGCUACAGGACCUGCAUUCUUCAAAUACAUCACAAGAGCCCUAGCGAGUCGCGCGGCAGAGGCCGAAGAGCGAAACGUAGCUGUAGCUCAUACUCUUUCGAAGCUGGAAUCGAAUGGCCACGAGCGGCCGAGAGUAUCUCCAGAUCGACCGUCAUUGGAACCAGUUCAUGCAGCCGCACCAAUCUCGCCCACUCGAUCAGAGCUUUCGCCGCGUUCACCACGCUCUCCGCCUCGGUCGAGUGUCUCGGAACUACCGGAAGCACAGCAAGAGAAGCUUUCGCGCUUGCAUGAUAUAUUCCAAUAUCAUCGAUCGAGUAUUGCCAGUAACGGGUCAGUGCACGGCCGGUCGUCGACGUCAGGACUCUCCCGAGGUUUCCAUGAUGCUUGAGUUGUUCGUCUGCAUGGUGUACUCAUAUCGCACUUUAAUGGGCUGCUGUAAUAUUCUCGCGUAUACCCAGAUUAGAUAGUACGGCGCAUACGAUACAUUUGCAGUCCUCGCUUAGCUACCCGCUGUCCAGAGGGGGCUGGUCAGCAAUAUUCGUUGAUCAUCCAUGACGUCCUCGUGCCACCGCGCUUAGUCGGGCGCUUAUAUGGCCUUUGCAGUGUACCCGUAUGUCUUUCCGUCGGCUGCACCGUGAAAUAGUACCCGACUGCUCUCUUGC